GGUCUUUGCGAUGACGUUGCCUGCUACUGUGAAUGGUUACCCAUGGGAGUCAUGUCCAACGUGGUCGCUUAUCGGACUUCCGUUCCACGCGCAUUCCCGUGUAAAAUUAUUACGCAGGACUCUGCCUCGCGCGACUGAAUUACGACUUCGGGCUCACACUAUCUGCAAAUGAUUCAACGAACACAUCGCAGCGUGACGGUGGUCCACUUUGCACGGCGCAGCUGGAGCAAUGUCCGUUAUACCAUAAGGAGAAUGCCGCUCAUAUUGCGACCAGCUGGACAUGUGAGCUGGAUGCAAAAACAACACACUAGGUGGAUUCUAAAUUGGCAUAGUAUUAUCCGUGAGUGGCUUCUAUAUCUUGCCCUUUGGUGCCUAAGCCUGCUUUUCAAUGGAGCGUUUUUUUCGCAUGCCGAUCAAUGGUUAUGCCCGGCGGCAACGCACGCGACAGCACUGCGCAAUCAAUGCCGAGUGUGUUUAUGGCCAAUUGACGCAGGAUCAUGGUGACCGCAGACUUAGAGCUGGCCGUUACGGCAUCAAUACCAUCUGUACAGUGUGAUCCAGACACCCGCUUAUCCACUUCUCAAUGAAACUAUUUACCUUAUCA